AUGUCUAGCCAAGACGCCACCGGUAUCCCCUUGACCCAUGCCCCUGACACCCGUGGGUACAAGCUCAUGGAACUGCCCCCCGAGCUCGAGGCCCUGCUCACUGCCGAAAAUGCCCCGGUCCUCACACUCACCUCCACCCCGGAUACCGCCCUCCUAAAGACGCCAGACCUCACCUACAAGCUCCUACAGAAGAACACCUCCAACUCUCUCAUCCUGAUCGCCCCUCAUUCCUCCGCCGCCUCCGCGUCAGACAUCCCCACGCCCGGUCUCGGCGCCAUCGCCACCAUCCACGAGACCAUCGAACUUACUGCCCAGGCGGAGAGACCCGUGAAUUCCACCCUCAGGAACACAGGUAGCAAAGGCAAAUGGCACGAAAAGUUUGGAAGCGGACGCUAA